ACUUAUACUCCUCCACUCCUGCUAUCCAUUUCCAUCCAUAACCAUGAAGAAAGAUUCACCUCAAUCAUGGAAACCCUACUGUUGUUCAGCUGAUCAAGAUAAGGUUUUCUGCAGCUUUAGCCGCUGCCGUCCCUCCAGGUCGGAGUUCUCCAAGAAUGUAGCACCAUCGCCAUCUUUCAGGCGCAUGUCGUUCUCGGACCUUAGCAGGUCGUCUUCUAUGCGUAUUAAUGAAGAUAUAGCGCAUGCCUUUGGGCCCGACUUGUUUGACUUUAAAUUGAGUGAGUUGCGAGCCAUAACUCAGAAUUUCUCCAACAAUUUCUUGCUAGGUGAAGGAGGGUUCGGUAAGGUGCAUAAGGGUUAUGUUGAUGAGAACAUGAGGCCUGGGUUGAAGGCUCAACCGAUUGCCGUUAAGCUCCUUGAUAUUGAAGGACUGCAAGGCCAUCGCGAGUGGCUUGCGGAGGUGAUAUUUCUCGGUCAACUUAGGCAUCCAAAUUUGGUAAAAUUGAUCGGUUAUUGUUGUGAAGAAGAAGAGAGACUUCUUGUAUACGAGUUCUUGGCUCGUGGAAGCUUGGAAAAUCAUUUGUUCAAGAGGAUCUCGGUUUGUCUGCCAUGGGGAAUUAGAAUAAAAAUUGCAAUAGGCGCGGCCAAAGGUCUCGCGUUCUUGCACGGUGCCGAUAACCCAGUUAUAUAUCGUGACUUCAAAACGUCCAACAUCUUACUUGAUUCCGAUUUUAAUGCCAAAUUAUCUGAUUUUGGGUUGGCAACAAUGGGGCCAGAAGGAUCAAAUACUCAUGUGACAACUAGAGUCAUGGGCACCUAUGGAUAUGCUGCACCUGAAUAUGUCAACACUGGGCACUUGACCACGAAGAGUGACAUUUAUAGCUUCGGAGUGGUGUUGCUAGAACUAUUGACGGGAAGAAGAGCAAUGGAUAAAAACAGGCCAAAAAGCGAACAAAAUCUUGUGGAUUGGGCAAAGCCGUACUUGACUAGUAGCCGAAGAGUGCGUGCAGUAAUUGAUCCUAGGUUGGCAGGACAAUACUCGGUUAGGGGGGCCAAGGAGAUGGCUCUUCUAGCGCUAUAUUGCGUGAGCCUGAACCCCAAAGACAGACCAAAAAUGCCUGCAAUAAUCGAAACCCUUGAAGGCCUUAAGAAUUUCAAAGAUAUGGCAAUCACUUGUGGCCAGUGGCCCCCGGCUUCACAGAAGACCCCGAGGAAUGCAGUUUAUAUGCCAAAAGAAAGAAAAGACACCAAUGGAGGUCGGAUCUACUGGAAACAGACUCCUGUUAAUCCUGUAAGCACAAAAGGGUAGCGAACGGAAAUGAAGAUUGUAUGAAGGAGAAGAAAAAUAUGCACCACUUCCAUGGAUAUAUGUAAAUGAUAAAUGCAUAUAUGUACAUAAAAUUUUGAUAAAAUGUGCUCAUGUAUGAGUGGUCUGUGUGCAAGAAACAAGAAGCUACUCGAAGGUCGUUUUGUUCAUAAAGUGAUGCAAUGUAGACUUAUCUCCAAAAACUUUCAAGCAUGCACAUAUGAUCUUAUAAGGAGACAUUCCAACUUUUGGUCUACAUUCUUUCUUCCGAGCAUCGACUAGCUAUUUUUCAUUUCUUGUUCUAUGUAUUACACUUGAUCUCAAAUGGAUAAAUCACAUAAGAAGGGCAUAUAUAAUGAAAUGAUCUAAGAUUAUAAUA